AUGGUACAUAAAAAAAAUCAAAAACAAAGAGCAAGAGUUGAACAAACUACAAUUGCAAUGGAAGUUAUGGAAAAAGAAGUUCAACAUAGAAUUAAAUAUGGUGCACCAGUUAGUGAAAAAAAAGAUAAUCAAUUAUUUUUCGUUGAUAAAAAAGGUGGUUCUACAACAAGUUCAUCAAAUAAGAGUGUAGAAUAUUUAACAAAAUCAGAAAAGAUAUUACAAGCAAAUCCAAAUAUUGAUUCAAUGUCAACAGGUACAAAACAUGAAAAAGUUGAAAAGAAAUUAUUAGCACCUGUUGAAAUGAAAUUUCAAAAACACUUAACAAAUUUAAAAAAACAAAAAUCUUUAUUACCUGCAAAAACAACAUUAAGAAAACAAAAAUCAAAAUUAAAAAAUCAAUCAAUUGAUCUUUGGGGUAGCACUAGCACUACUAACAAUAAUAGUAAUGAAAAUAAUAAUGAAAAUAUAGAAAAGAAAAUUAAAAUAAAUAAAAACUUUAAAAAGAUAACAACAAUUAUUGAUAAAAAUAAUGAUUUCGUUACAAAUAAUCUUUUAGAGAAUAGAGUUAUUAAACAUACUAAAAUGGUAAAUCAUCCAUCAGUUAUUAAAAAAGUUGAUAGUCUUGAAAUCGCUGAACCUGGUAUGUCUUAUAAUCCAUCCUAUCAAGAUCAUCAAGAUACAUUGGGUGUUGCAUUAGCAAAAGAAAUUAUCGCUUUAGAAUAUGUUGAAAAUGUUGAUAAAGUUUUAAAUCCAGAAUAUAUUGAAUAUGAAAAAGAUGAUACUAUUGAAGAUGAUGAUAAUAAUACUGAUAAUAUUGAUAAUAAUAAUGUUGGAAAACCAGGUGAAAGAAUUACAAAAUUAGAGAAAAAUAAAAGAAUUAGAAGAGCUGAAGAAAUGAAAAGACAGAAAUUAGCAUUACAAAAGAAAGAAUUCAAUAAACAAGUUGAUGAAGUUCUUGAUACUUUACAAGAGGUUGUUGAAGCUGAACAAGUUGCAAAAGAAUUAAAUAAAAAACGUGUUGAAAAGAAAUCUUUAAAUAAUAUGCCAAGACGUUUAGGAAAAUAUAAAUUAUCUGAUUCUUCUGAACCAAUUUUAUUAACUCAUGAAUUACCAAAAUCAUUAUCAACUUUAAGAAAUAAUAAUUAUAAUCCACUUAAAGAUAGAUAUCAAAGUUUACAAAAGAGACAUAUUAUUGAAGCAUCUGGUCCUCAACAAAAACCAAAGAAAGCUACCAAAAAAGUUUAUACUUCAAAUUCUUGGAAUAAUACAACUGUUGCAAGUUUAGAUUAA